AUGUCUUCCUCCACUCCAGUCAAACUCGCCAUCCUCGACGACUAUGCCUCCAUCUCGCUCCCGCACUUCCAGUCGCUGCAGGGUCAGGUGCAGAUCGACACGUUCCCGACCACGCUCAACGCGCGCAUCCCAGAGGAGCACACCAAGCUCGUGGAGCGGCUGCAGCCGUACACCAUCGUCUCGAGCAUGCGCGAGCGCACGCUGUUCCCGCGCUCGGUGCUCGAGAAGCUGCCGAACCUGAAGCUGCUGCUCACCACGGGCAUGAAGAACGCGGCCAUCGACCUGGCCGCGUGCAAGGACCUGGGCAUCACCGUCGCCGGCACGAUGGGGAAGCCCAACGCCGUCCAGGGCUAUGACGCCACCAACGAGGUCACCUGGGCGUUGAUACUGGGGUUUGCAAAGGAUCUCGUGCACGGCGACACGCUGGUCCAAGGCUCGAAUUCUUCGGCGUCAGACCCCAACGCCGCGUCCGGCGGUUGGCAGACGCACCUGACGGCCGGACUGGCGGGCAAGACGCUCGGUCUGCUCGGUCUCGGCCGGCUGGGCACGCAAUGCGCCGUGACGGGCACGCUGGGCUUCGGGAUGAAGGUGCUGGCGUGGUCGACGUCGCUGACGCAGGAGAAGGCCGACGAGGCGGCGCAGUCGCGCGGCCUACCCAAGGGCAGUUUCCGGGUGGCCGGGUCCAAGAAGGAGCUGUUUGAGCAGGCCGACGUGCUGAGCGUGCACUACGUGCUGUCGGAGCGCAGCCGCGGGAUCGUCGGCGCCGACGACCUCGCCGCCAUGAAGAAGUCGGCCUUUGUGGUCAACACGUCGCGCGGGCCCCUGAUUGACGAGCCCGCCCUGCUCACCACCCUCGAGGCCGGCUCCAUCCGCGGCGUCGCCCUCGACGUCUUCGAGGUCGAGCCCCUCCCCAAGGACUCGCCCUGGCGGAGGCCCAACCACUGGGGCCGCGACGGCCGGAGUCGCGUCCUCCUCAGCCCCCACAUGGGCUACGUCGAGGAGGAGACCAUGCAUAGUUGGUACGACUACCAUUGUCGCGCCGUCGAGAGUUUCAUCAAGGGAGAGGAACUCAAGUUUAUCAUUCAGAAGUAA